ACGGCGAGCAGGGAGGACCAACCGAGGCGGCACCCGGACCACACGCACGCAACACAACACACCCCCCUCUGGCUUGUUGUUGACCGAGAGAAGAGCGGACGUUUCCAGCCUCCUCUUAGUUCUCAGCCGCUGCUUCCGCUCUGAUAGAUGCGAACAGGAGCGAGUCGCCAGGAGCGAGCGGACUCUCCCAGUCGGAUCAAGGCGUCCUCUUCUCGAUGCAUACCCUCUGUGCUCGGGGAACCAUGAAACCCGAGAUCAGCGCCGCCGUGGGAUUUCUGACCCGGUUCCUGCGGGUGAAGGGACACGUCAACGACCGACAGGUCCAGACGUUCAGCCAAAGCUUGCAGGACAUUCUGUCAGAGCAAUACAAGCACCAUUGGUUCCCAGACAGGCCCUGCAAAGGCUCAGGUUAUCGCUGCAUCCGCAUCAACCACAAGAUGGACCCGCUGGUUGGGCAGGCGGGUCAGCGCAUCGGUCUGACCAUCCAGCAACUCUACCUACUGCUGCCAAGCGAGCUGACGCUCUGGGUGGACCCCUUCGAGGUGUCCUACCGCAUCGGCGAGGACGGCUCCAUCUGCGUCCUGUACGAGUCGCAGCCCAGCCCCGCGGGGAUGCCACUGUCCGCGGCGUCCAGCUCCAGCUCAGGAAGCAGCGGGGCGGUGAGCCCCCUGGUGGACAGUCACAUCAGCUGCAAGGAGGAACUGAUGGUGCUGGGAAGAACCAGUCCUUCCAAAGCCUACAACAUGAUGACUGUCUCCAGCUAAAGAGGCACGCCACCGGGCCUACUUUGUUUCAGGGUCAAGCCCUGGCUGGUCAGGUCGUGUGAUCAGGUCAGGCUCAGCCUUUUUAAAGCUAAGAAUAUGAAAUGAAAUAGUAAGAGGAGAAAAGCGAAAGGAAAAAAAAAAACAGAGGAUGUGACCUUAUCGACCGGGUGAUGGAAACCUCGUAGGUUUGAUAUUCGACCCCCUUUUCCAUUUUCAUCUGUUCUGUCGUGUUCAUUGGAUCAGCUGGGUACUCCGGUUUUUAGGAGAAGCUUUUUGGACUUUGUGGAACUGUUGGGGCAGCUAUACAAACCAACCAACCAACCUACCAGGAACCCCCACGGAGACUGGCUUUACCCGCCCCCCACCCCCACCAUACAACAACAAGACAGGGAUGCUCCGCUGGGGCGGGCAGCAUUGACUUUGCACUUUUCUAUCUUGUUACCAUGGGUACAUAUGAAACACACAUCCACCAACCAUGAAUUGUAAGCGACCAUUGACAGGAACUACCCUUGAAAUUUGGGUUUCGAUUCCCGGGAAAGAAGGAUUUAGGUUUUGCUCCUUUAGCUCCCAAGAAAAGCGCGACCUUAUUUUCCAUAAAAGCCCUUUGUGGAGCGCAGGGAAUCGGGUUUCUCUGCCCUGCAGCUGCAGGAGAAAAGUUUUUGCUUCCUUCUUUCGCCUCCACGCUUGAGCUCUGGCUCCGUGGCCAGUGGUACCUGUGGAUACCAGUGUGCUCGCCGCGCGGCCGUCCGUCUCUUUGUAGCUUUCCUGCGAGGAUUUGGGUGCCGCUCCCUUCUCCCUGCAGUCAGUGAAUGUGGUGACAUUUCAAUCAAGUUCCUGUGUUGUGGAUUAGCUCGCCGCGGCUCCACCCGACCAUCAUCCGAUUUCAAAUUAUGGCAGAGGUCUUGGUUCUCCCCAAAUUCUGACCGCGUGGCUCUUUUCAAAUUGUCAUUGAAUGCACUUUGACGUUAGAUUGUGUGGGAUGUGUACUUUUGAGAGAAUUGCCUGCAUUCCAUCCAUUCGAAUGUCAUUUUUUUCCAUGCCAUUCUUACUGCCCUGCUAAUUUUCUAGCCUUUUUUGCCACCAGUAGAGGUCGCUCCCCCGCCCUCCCAAAACCUUUACACUGUAUCUGUGCUAAUUUGUGAACGUGUCAGAGCUGUGUCCAUGGUCGUCUCACUUAGUCUGUAGACUCCUGCCCCUAUUCCCAUCCGUAUGCGCCGCAUUCAUGCACACCGACGCACAGUGAGUGUGUUGCUGGCUGCUCUGCGAGGUCUGACUCUGUGGUGAUGUGAGUCUUUGGCCAGAGGAGGUCUGACUGCUUUGCAAUGAAGUGGAGCGAGAAUCGCAAGCAACCCCUGGCCUCGUAAGCCUUAACUUCGUUGUGUUUGUGUCCAUUUUCCAAGGCAUCUGUGAGGGAACGGCCGAGCCCUUUUGUGCGUUGCCUUAUGGAGACCUCAUCUUCGUGAAUAAUGAGCCAUUGGUGUUAUCAGCUGGGCGUCUGUGGUGUGAUGUGCUGCAGGGUCCUCCCCCGCUAUGGAGGGUACCCUUUUCUAACCUGGCAGCUAUACCUCCCCCGACCUGUGGGGGGUCAGAACGCCUCAAGUGCCACGCAUCACAGCUCAGGUCAGACCUCCUGUCCAGCCAAAGGUGAGCAAGCACGCUGCUAGCUGACCCCAUGUUGACGCAGGUAGACUUAUUGUGACACAUAUCAUCGCCCGCCACCGCAGGCCCCGGGGGGGGUGGCAGGGCCAGGGGUUGAUUCAGUGAAGGUGUGGGGGCGCAGAGCCGGACCACUUUGUCCAGGGCAGCUAAAAUCCCUCUCGCCCCUCUCUCUUGACUUGAGCGGUCCAUCCUGAGCUCUUGCCGAAACCCCGGCCUGGCAGUGGCGGGAAGAAACCAGCACACACGCUUGGCGUGCUCAAGCUGCACUUAGGGGGGCGUAAAGACCUGAAAUCACGCGAUGAAGAAUCGAGGGUACCGGACCUUUUUUGUUUCCUUUUUCAUCUCACUGUAUCGGAAGUUUAAGUAGCAACAAUGUUUACAUGCUUACGAGAGGACGUGGUGGUUGUCGACCCGCACUUACCUCCUGGUUUUGGUUCCGAGUGGGACCGGCACGCUGUGGCAAAGAUGCAUCUCCAAGCCUUAGCCACUGGCCAGAUCUGUCACAGCAGGCCGCCACUCAUGACCAGAGCUACGGGUGUUUAAGCUCCCCUAAGCCUGAGAGGAUCAUGGGUAAUAGAGCUAUAGCCUUUGACGCACUGCAACUCCCCAAUUCUACCCUCCUCCCAAACCUUGCUCUCUGCUGAUACUCCCUUCAGCAGUCUGUGAAAAGCCUGAUUCUGUGCGGGCCAGACGGAGGUUCCGUUUCCAGAGUGAACGGCACGGCACGUUCAUAUCGCGCGGCUCCUCCGGGAUGGCAUUUUGAACGUCAUGUGAUCAUGAGAUUGGUCUCCAUUCUGGAUGUGAGCAAAUUGUCUUAUCACUCUCCACUGUUUCCUCUUCACACUGGUAGAUUUUGCUUUGUUGGCCUGGUGAUCCGAUUUUUAAAGCCAAUUCCAAAACCAAUGAAAUCCUCACUGCUCGAUCACCGACCCAAUGGUUUUAGUCCUCACUAAAUAUCGGUUUAUUUUAAAUGGAAUCCAUUGAACUUUUGCGCACAUCGGUGUGAGACUUGUGAUAAGAGCGCUUUGACUAGUUUGAGAUACAAAAGAAAAAUACAGCACAUUAAAUGCACUAAAUAUGUCAAGUUGAAGUCAUGUGACUUUUUUAUUUUCGGAGACAAUUGGAGUCUCACCUGGAAUGUAUUGCCAAACUUAGGCCUCGGACAUUCAGACAUAAGCUUAUGGAAAGGUCGCACAUGUUGAGACAUGAAAUGGGAAGGGAACAGCGGUUUUGUCACCGCCGCCGUCGUUUAGAGUUCAAUUAUUGCCACUUUCACGUCGAGGUGAAUAUUGUAGAAUGUAUUGUGAGUGUACCAUUCUUAGUAGAGUACAUGACAUUACACAGGGGAAGUGCCAAUAAUUGCUGUGUGUUCUGUUUUGUAUUUCAUCUUUUAACAUGAAUGCCACUUUAGCGUAAGCGAAGCCAUCUGUCACGGGAGUGUUGGCAAGGACCAAAGUUGUUUUGGUUUCACGAAAAAGACAGGUUUCCAUGAUCUGUAAGCGUAGACGUAUCCUUUGUUUUUUUUUCUUCUUCUUCGUUUUUUUUGUCAUUUUGUUGCCCUUUUUACUUACGGAAAGCAGAAAAUAGACAAAAAAAAAUCUGAGCGUACCCAAGAAGAAACGCUGUCUAUCUCGUGUUCUCAUGUCGGUCGACAUCUUUCUCGUGUUGAGUUUCUCUUCCUUGGGUAUGUUGUGAUGAACUGCUGUAAAUGUGUACAGUUCAUGUAAAUUGAUUGUGCGGAAGUUGUACAGAUUUCUAUAUUUUGGAAGAAAAGUUUUUUUUCUCUGUAAUAAAAGAUUUCCUAUCUUGGCAUCAUA